AUGGAACAAAAUUCAAGUUCAUUAGAAUUAACAUCCGAAUCAAAACUCCUGGCGGCAGAUAAUGAUAAAGUCAAGAAACAAAGAGUUAUCUUCAAAACACCUGGAGAAGCAUUUGCAGAAGUAAUGUCCAAAUGGAGUCCAAUAUUUGAAAAAACAAGAGAGAGAAUGUUAAUUAAGAAGAAGUAUUGUCCCGCCGCCCAUGAAGAUAUCUCGAAUGAAUUUUCAAAUCAUGAUGUCAGCAAAGAAGAAGAGGAAAACACUGGUGACGAAAACGAUCCGUUGGAGUUCAGUUUUAGUGGCAACUCUAUAAACGACUUCAAAUUACAUUGGUCGGUUAAAAAUACAGCUUCCACGAAAGUUUCUAAUGUUUUUGAAGCAGUACAUCCGUAUUCUGAUACAGCAAAUUCCCCUGAUUACGAGGGAAAUAGUUACGUUAAAUCUCAAAAUUUGAAAUUAUGGAACCAAAAGGUUCUGACACCUGUCUUUGAUUGUUCCUUUGCCGAUCUCAGGAAAAGUUUUGGUCCAAUUUCUAGUCAGUUAUCUUCCUUGGAUAGGGAAUUUGACAAUGCCCUCAAGACACAUACUUCUUCUUUAUUUUCUCCAAUUGAUGCUACACCACUACCAACUGAAUCUGAGGGAGAAAUAAAAUCCACUUAUCAAUUAUGGGAACUUCAACAAUGCAUGUUCUUUAGAAUUAAAUCAUAUAUAUUCAAUAUUGAUGAGUUGGUGUCAAUCCUAAACAGAACAAUUCCCCAUUGCAGGAAUUCGGAUGAAGUAAAGAUGACAACAGCUGAAUAUGAAACCUUCGUAUUGUACAUGAGGCGAUACGUGUAUCGUUUGAAUAAAAUCAUUGUAUGUUCCGACUACCACACUAAGAUCCCAAAAAGAGAUAAAACAAUUAUUAGACGAAACUUGCAAUAUGAUUAUCUCAACAAACUAAUGGAAAUCAAAUUGCAUGGGAAUCGUCAAAAAAUGGUAAGAUUACCAUCAUUGCUGGAUUUUGAAUUAUCCCUCAAUGGUGAAGUACUUCAGGGUCACCCUGAUAGCAAAGAUCGCGAUUGGUCAGAAGCUAUUCUUCGUGCGUUUGAGGAAUUUGAAUGA